AGGUAGCUUAACAACUCAAACAAUAUCACAUUCCUUAGAAGACUUUUUUUUUUGUCGCUGAGCAUUCAUAUUUAGAUUGAAGUUUAAUUAUGUUCUAAUUUUGUGUUGUAGGGUCUAUUUUAAAAGUAUUAAUUAUUUUUUUUCAGUAUUUAAUACUUUAUUUGAACUUGAAAUUUUUUAUUCAUGAUAUUUUAUCCAUUUAUUUUUAUUUGUCGUUAAUUUCUUAAUUGAAUUUUUAUUUUUGUUUGUUAGUAUUUUGAUAUAUCAAGAUAAAAUAAGAUAAUUUUUUUUCUAUUUUAUCUUAACAUUAAUUGUUUAUUUUUCAUAUUAAUUUCAAGUAAUAUAUGUAUCUGUUAAUAUUAAACUAAUAUUUCUAAUCAUUUUGUAUUGAAAUGUUUCUUUCAAGUAUGUUAGAUCAUGUUAUUUUUUAAAAAAUUAAUUAUUAUAUUAUUUUUUGAUAAAAUAUGGGGGAAAUGUACCUCCUAUUCCUAUCCUUUUUUUUUUUAUUUCAUUCUUUAUUCAAUGUCUGUAAGCCUUAUUAAAUUUAAAUUAACAUUGAAAAUUUUGAUAAAUGCUUCCUUACAAUGAUGAUUUUACAUUAAAGGAGACUCGAAUUUAAAACCUCUAAUUAAGGAUGAAAGAGUAGUAUCGUUCCACACAAUUUUCUGGUUCCCACCCUACCCCUACCUUAACCCCACCUCCUUCUCCACACACCCACCGUACCCUCAAUUUGUUUUUUUUUUUUUUCAAAAUAAUAAAUUCUACCCACUCCCACUCUCCACACACCCCCACCUUAAUCAACUUUAUGUUUUAUAUAACAUAGACUAACAAAAAAGAUUGUGCUAAAUUAAUUUAUCUUAUCAUGGAAUAUCCUUUUGGACACCAUCACCACGGCCACCACCGUCGCGACGACGACCGUGAAGAUGAAUUCCCACCUCCCGGCCGUCGACCACCAUCAGCCUAUGAUGAACCACCUCCCCCUCAAGUUAGCCACGUCUCUCAUACUUCCCAUGUAGGUGGACCACCACCCAUGGAGUCCACUUAUGGCCGGAGUAAUUAUCCUCCGCCACCGAUGGAGGACAAUUAUGGACGGAGUAAUUAUCCGCCGCCACCGUCAAUGGGGGAGAACUAUGGUGGAUCCUACAAUCGUCCACCGCCGAUGUCCGAUUACUACGAAGGCCCACCACCACCACAACCACCACCACCUAGUUCCGGUUAUUCCUCUGUUGAACACGUGUCUCAUGAGAGUGAGAGUGUUGAUCGUCAUCGUUUUCAACCACACGUGCCUUCAUUUUUCCAUCAUCAAACUUCAGAUCCAGAGCUCAUUGAUAAACCUUCUUUUAGGGUUUAUACUAAGGCUGAUACUAAUUACUCUCUCACUAUCCGUGAUGGAAAAGCCGUUCUUGCUCGUUUUGAUCCAUCAGAUCCAUUUCAACACUGGUAUAAAGAUGAGAGGUACAGCACUAAAGUGAAGGAUGAAGAGGGUUUUCCAAGCUUUGCUCUGGUUAAUAAAGCUGCAGGACUGGCUCUGAAGCACUCUAUUGGCGCUUCUCACCCUGUGCAGCUCGCCCCGUAUGACCCCAGCGUUCUUGAUGCAUCAAUCUUGUGGACAGAGAGCAGGGACGUGGGUGAUGGUUAUCGAGCAGUUAGGAUGGUCAAUAACAUUAACCUCAAUCUAGAUGCAUGGAAUGCUGAUAAAGAGCAUGGAGGUGUCCGUGACGGGACCAUUGUUGCUCUUUGGGAAUGGUGGAAAGGAGACAACCGGAAUCAACACUGGAAGAUCGUUCCCUACUGAUAUCUUGGCGUGUGAUGGUUGAUUGAGUUCAAAAAAAUGGAGUUGAUGCUUGAUAUUUUUUCUGCUUCAUGUGGCUUGUUAUGUAUGUUGUACUGUAUUCUAUCUCCCUCCAAAACAGUACAAGUAAAAUGAAAAUAAGGGGGGAAAUGCUAUGUAUAUUGUGGGAGAUGUCAUGGCUAGAGCGUGUGUAACUUGUAUUUUUUGUUUGGUUGUUAUACCAAAUAAAAGCUUGUUGGUGA